AUGUCCCCUCGCACCCACACUCCCCCGAGUGAUAGCGAUCCAAGCAUGUCAAGGCAAUGUACACCGUCAACUAGUAACGCUUCACAAUCUGCUAGUGUUCCCGUUGCCUUCGAUCCCGACCCAGACAUACCACUCCCCUCGAUUGAAGGAGAGCCUGAUCUGGGAUCAUCCCUCACUGCUCAUAAUAACUCGACUCCGCGGGCCCGGACCCCUUCAUUUUCUAUUUCCCCUCCGACUUCAGAGGAAAAUACAUCCUUCCCCCCUUCAGUUUCCCCAACCUAUGGAGCAAACCCUCCUGCGAGAUCCCAAAUAUCCGGUAUCGGUGAGCGCGUGGGAAAUCUAGUGCUAUCUGGAGAGUCGGCCACACGCCAAUCUUCGUCCAGAGAAACAAUUUCCACUCCUUCACGAAGUGGACAGGACCAUUCAUCCAGCCGCCUGACGACUCCGACGAAUGAGGGAUAUUCUCCGCCAGGCUCCACAAUUGAUGGCAUCGCCGGUGUCAUGGCUAAUGUCCAACUAGGUUCAAAACCCCGCUCCCCAACGCCCGGAAACUACCUUGAUCCACGAUCACCGAGCCCCGGUGUGAUCCAUCGUGAUGGCUCCAGAAGCCCGAGAUCUGCCUCCCGACGUCGCUCGGGCUCCCACGUGGACCAAACACCCCACAACGUCGCUGACGAAGAGCCUCCACACGAGCGAUUCCACGAGCCCGAGUUCCAGCGAGAACUGGCGCAUUCAAGGGACCUUGUCGGUGAUUUGGUGAAUAUCCUGGCGAGCUCUUCAUUGCACAAUGAGUCCGAGUCUCGUAUACGAACAUUGUAUUUGCAGGCUGUUGACCUCAGUCGUUUCCAACACCCCUCGACCCGUACAGUGGGCCUGGUAGGAGACUCCGGGGUCGGCAAAAGUAGUCUCUUGAAUUCGCUGUUGGAUUUCGAGGGGUUUGCCCGUACGAGCAACAGCGGUGCGGCAUGCACAUGCGUUGCCACUGAGUAUCAUUACCACGAGCAUAAUAGUUUUGCCCUCGAAAUCGAAUACUUCACUCUGGACGAGCUUCGGGAGCAGCUAACCGAACUCCUGCAAUCAUACCGACAUUACCAUCUUCGUGAGCCUGACGAUAACCGUAUGACGGCGGAUGAACGCCAUGAGCUCGAGGAAAAAGCCAAGACUGCUCAGGCUGCUCAGGAUACAUUCCGUGCCGCCUUUCGGGAUCACCUGGCGCACAGCGACCGAUUCCUUCUUGAUGAGCCCGAGGAGAAUGUGGUCCAGACAUUGCUGACAUGGGCGAUGAGCUCGGGCCUGCCUCUGACAAAAGGCCCGGGUGGGAACCCGAGAAAGGAAGUUUUUGAUGAUGCACGCAAGUGCUCCGACCACUUGAUGGGGCUGACCUCUGAGCCAAUUUCCCCGAAUGAACCCUCCAAGUGGCCCUUCAUUAGAAAGAUCAAAGUUUAUCUCAACGCAUACAUUCUGAGCAAGGGCCUUAUCCUGGUUGACCUCCCCGGCCUUCGGGAUCUCAACGCGGCUCGGCUGAGAAUCACCGAAAGAUACUUACUCAAGUGCGACGAGAUUUUUGCCAUCUGUUAUAUCGGUCGAGCCACUACGGAUGCUGGCGUGGAGGGAGUAUUCAAGCUCGCCCGGAGGGCUUCGUUGUCGCGAAUUGGAAUCAUUUGCACCAAGUCUGAUGAUAUUCUAGCAGACGAAGCGCAGCGAGAUUGGGAGGGGGACACGAAAAUGAAAAUCAGCAACAUGACCAGGGAGAUUGGGAACCUCCAAACAGACCUCGAUACGAUCGAGGCCGAAAUAAGUGAACUGAGCUUUGACAGUGAUGCGGUGGAUGACGAGGAGAACCAACAGCUGCGGCGACUAACCGCCCGCUCCAGAAAAAUAAAGUUGAAAAAUUAUCUUAUCACUACCCGCAAUCAAAGAGUCACAGACGCGCUUCAGACGAUGUAUCAGAACCAGAUACCUAGAGCCGACUUACCAGUCUUCUGCGUCAGCAAUGUGGAUUAUUGGGAGCAUCGGGCGAGACCAAAAGUAGAGUCUUGGCCUUUCCUCUGUUUGUCUGGCAUUCCAGAAGUUCGGAAACAUUGCCUUUCGCUUGUUGCAGCGAGCCAGCUUCACGCAGCAACUGAGUACGUAACGAAUGCCAUUCCAGCAUUGCUCGGAUCGGUUGAACUCUGGGUUCAAUCUGGCUCCGGGAGCGUGAGCGCCGAAAGAAAGCAAGCCAUUCGCAAUGCCCUGGAUGAGAUCGAGCGGGAAUUAGAUACCGUAAGUUUCUACGGGAAAAAGUUUUCGAGGAUGCUUGUCCACUUUCCAAAAAAAAAAGUUCAUUACGCUAACGGUCGAGCAGUUCAACGUUCGGAUCAGUGGAGUCGAGCUGCGCUGAACGCGACUUCUGAAUGGGAAGGGUGGCAUCCUAAUUCCUACUCUGCCUUUUGUCGGAAUUACGGGAAUUAUUCCACCAUAGCGGCAGGAAGCCAUUGUUGGAACGUUGAAGCCACGCAAACCAUGAUUACCCAGAUGGCAACUCCGUGGCAAGCUUUUCACCAAAAUCUCCUCGCUUUGCAAGCCAAUCUGUCCAGGACGAUUGAAGGAAGUUUCGAUCGUGCGAUAGCUCAAUCGAAUGCCACCAGCGUUCCAACGGGUUCCCUGAGAACUUUGACCGCCACAUUGAGACACCGACAAGCCAUGCUCGUGUCUCAUGUCGACAAGUUAGGCGAUGAAUUUCAAGACGACAUAUCAAUUCUCCAGACCGACCUCUUUUCCGGCAUUCGCAGCUCGUUUGUGGGCCAGCUAAUGGAACCAUCAUAUAACACGUGCAAAAAUGAUAGCGGUCGGGGAAGCGACGCGAGGCGCAAGAGCACAAUGCGGCAAGGAUUUGGUAGUAAUCAACUCUUCCCCAACAUCCGGAGGAAAUUUCGGAACAGGAUCUCCGAACUCAGCCGCGACCUGGACCAUCAGAUCCAAGAAGCGAUAGCGACACAUCUUACCGUCGUUCAACGUGAUUUGGAUACCUUGAGGAACGAAAAUGUGGCCCUGGAGAGCGAGAGCCACCCAGAGUUCCGUAGGCGGCUGGAAGAAGCGGUGCACCGUAUCAGAGAGCAGAUGGAGAGUGCUCUCGCCGUUUUUUCUCCUCUCAGACUGUCCACUGCAGGAACAGGUUAG